AUAAAUCAAAGAAACCAAACAAAUAAAUAUAAAUCAAAGAAACCAAACAAAUAAAUAACGAAAAUCGCCCCUUUAUUCAAUUUCAUUAUCUUCAAGAAAUACCCUAGUUUAAUGUUCGAUUUGACGGAUUUCAAUUGAGGGGGUUUUUUUUUUUUUUGUUUAAUAAGAUUGAGAAAUGGGCGCAAGUCGAAAGCUGCAGGGAGAAAUCGAUCGGGUUCUUAAGAAGGUUCAAGAAGGCGUGGAUGUAUUCGACAGCAUUUGGAACAAGGUUUAUGAUACGGACAAUGCGAAUCAGAAGGAGAAAUUUGAAGCGGAUUUGAAGAAGGAAAUUAAAAAGCUUCAAAGAUACAGAGACCAAAUUAAGACAUGGAUCCAAUCCAGUGAAAUUAAGGAUAAAAAGGUUAGUGCCUCUUAUGAGCAGGCUCUCAUGGAUGCUCGCAAGCAAAUUGAGCGUGAAAUGGAACGAUUUAAAAUCUGUGAGAAGGAAACUAAAACAAAAGCAUUUUCAAAAGAAGGCCUGGGCCAACAGCCUAAGACGGAUCCAAAGGAGAAAGCUAAAUCAGAUACAAGAGAUUGGCUGAACAAUGUGGUGAGCGAACUAGAAAAUCAAAUUGAUAGCUUUGAAGCUGAAAUCGAGGGUCUCUCUGUAAAAAAAGGGAAAACAAGGCCUCCUAGACUGACACAUUUGGAGGCGUCAAUUGCUCGACACAAGGCUCAUAUAAUGAAACUAGAAUUGAUUUUGAGACUACUGGACAAUGAUGAAUUAAGUCCUGAAACAGUUAAUGAUGUUAAAGAUUUCUUGGACGAUUAUGUUGAGCGUAAUCAGGAGGAUUUCGAUGAUUUCGAUGAUGUUGACGAGCUUUACAGCUCUUUACCUUUAGACAGGGUGGAGUCUCUUGAAGAUUUAGUAACAAUGGGCCCUCCUGGUCUUGUUAAGGGUGUCAGUGCCUCCAAUGCAGUUUUAAGCAUGAAAAAUCAUUUGGCUACACCUGCUGCUCAAACACCUGCUACAGCUACAUCUGCCAAUCAACAAGGCACUUCUCCCCAAGAGCAAGUUGAGGAAACAGCAACCCAGGACACUACUACUGAUACUGUUGCAAGGACUCCCCCUCCUAAAAGCAGUUCAGCUGCUGCUUCUGCUCCACCAACACCAGUAGGAAGCCAUUCCAAUCCUGGUAUUGUGAAAGCUACAAGUGACUUUGUUGGUGCAUCAACUGCUUCCUCUGGUCAUUUUGGUUCAAGUUCUUCAACCGGUCUCUUAGAUAAUGCAGGCGUUCCUUCAUCUCCUGUAAGUGUCCCUUAUUCAGUAAAGGAAGAAGACAUUACAAGUUUCCCUGGCCGUAAACCUUCCCCAGCUCUUGCUGAAGUUGGGCUACGAGGUGUUGGUAGAGGUGGAUUAUCCAACCAACCAUCAAGUAGUGUCCCUAUCAGUUCUGGAAGCACAAUUUCGAGCAAUGGAGCCCUUGGUAGUGUAACGUCAGGUUCUGAAAUGGGAAAAAGAAACAUGCUUGGAGCUGAGGAAAGACUUGGAAGUAGUAGCAUGGUGCAAUCACUUGUAUCUCCUCUUGGUAAUAGAAUGAUCUUGCCACAGGCUGGGAAAACUGGUGAUGGAAUUGGCUCAGCUGAUGCUGGGAGUGUUGGUGAGGCUGCAUCUAUGGCUGGGAGGGUGUUAUCUUCUUCUGUGGUUCAUGGUAUACAAUGGAGGCCUGGAAGUUCCUUUCAGAACCAGAAUGAGGUGGGACAAUUCCGUGGAAGAACUGAAAUUGCUCCUGACCAGAGGGAGAAGUUUCUGCAGCGGUUUCAGCAGGUUCAGCAGGGUCAAACUAACCUUCUUGGCUUGCCUCUUAGCGGAGGGAAUCAUAAACAAUUCUCUGCUCAGCAACAGAAUUCCCUCUUGCAGCAGUUCAAUUCCCAAAGCUCCUCUGUCUCGUCUCAACUUGGGUUGGGAGUUGGGGUUCAACCAGCUGGUCUUAACAGUGUUCCAUCAUCUCCCUCAUUGCAGCAGCAGCCCAUUCCAAUCCAUCAGUCGUCAAGUCAGCAGACUCAAAUAUUGGCAGGGUCUAGAGAUGCUGAUGUUGGUCAUGCAAAAGUGGAGGAGUUGCAUCAGCAACCUGCAGUAUCUGAGGAUUCCUCUGAAUCUAUUGGAAACUCUGGACUUGUGAAGAAUCUGAUGAAUGAGGAUGAUAUGAAGGCUUCAUAUGCGUUGGAUCCUCCGGCUGGAGCGGGUAGCGCUCUUACAGAAUCAUCUCAAAUGCCAAGGGACAUUGAUUUAUCUCCUGGUCAGCCUUUGCAAUCCAGUCAACCUUCUGGAAGUCUUGGUGUCAUUGGUCGAAGAAGUGUUGCAGACCUGGGUGCAAUUGGUGAUAACCUCAGUGUUUCUCCUGCAACAUCUGGAGGAAUGCAUGACCAGUUGUACAAUUUACAGAUGCUUGAAUCUUCAUUUUAUAAACUUCCACAACCAAAAGAUUCUGAGCGGGCAAAGAGCUAUACUCCAAGACACCCUGUGGUGACUCCUCCAAGCUAUCCCCAAGUGCAGGCACCAAUUGUCAAUAACCCUGCUUUCUGGGAGCGUCUUGGAGCUGAUAACUACGGCACUGAUACCCUGUUCUUUGCGUUUUACUACCAACAGAAUACUUAUCAGCAGUAUCUGGCUGCUAAGGAAUUGAAGAAGCAAUCAUGGAGAUACCAUAGGAAGUACAAUACAUGGUUUCAGAGACACAAGGAGCCGGAUAUUGCCACUGAUGAUUAUGAACAGGGGACAUACGUUUACUUUGAUUUCCAUAUUGGCAAUGAUGAGCAGCACGGAUGGUGCCAGAGAAUCAAGACUGAGUUCACGUUUGAGUACAAUUAUCUUGAAGAUGAGCUUAUAGUGUAGAACAUUGAUUAUCAACCGCUGCUUUUUAUGUCCCUCACACCUUUUAGUGAAUAUUUUGGUUUUGCUUACCAGAUUAAGUGCUGUUUUUUAGUAGAUUAUGGAUGACCAAUUGCUACAUUCUGCAUGAAGACAAACAGCUAUAUAAAGCUUCUUGUAAAACCGAGCUGAUUGUUCUGCCUGACGUCUGUAAAUUUACAUGCUCAAGUGCUGCAUAUAUCUGUUGCAACCAUGGAUGUCCAUGGUUGAUCGAGUUCUUGGAA